CGUAUUUAAAAGUUUUAUCAUCUGUAAAUUUAUUUAUUUUUCUUAAUUUUUUGUUGCUAUUAAUACUUCUUUCUAUAAUUAACAUAUGUUUUUUCAUUUGUGCAAUAUUUAAAUGAAGAUAAAUUACUUUUUGUGCAUUCUAAUAUUCGAGCUCAAUGCUAUUGGAGUGAUAUUAGAUGCAUUCAAAGUUUUCUCAGUAAUGAAGAAGUACAACUGCUAAAACAAUCUUGCCUUGGGUUCAUUCUAGAUUUGGAUGCAUUGCUUGAACCAUCGCAUAUGAUCAUGCAUUCUCUUCUUCUACAUGAGGAUGGUAGCUCUAAUGGGAAUGAGCUUCAUCUAAAUUUUAGAGGUAACAAAACAAAAUUUGGCAUUGAAGAAUUCAUAAUUAUAAUAAGUUUAAAUUGUAAUGAAAUUCAUGCUGAUAUGGGGGUUAGCAAUGAUAAUAAUCGAUUACUUGUUAAAUAUUUCAGUGGAAAAUCAUCAAUAUCUAGAAAUGAGUUGAAAGAUUUCGUUAAAUUUAGAAAAAUAGAUAUUGAUGCUGAGGAUGUUGUUAAAUUAGUUAAAGUAUAUAUUGUGAAAAAUAUAUUAGGUAGUAAAAGAUGAGAUAGGUUAGUAGACAAUUUUGUCAUGAGUUUAGUUGAUGAUGAUCAAAAGUUUGAGGCAUAUCUUUGGGGUCGCCGAUCUUUUAACGAAACUAUAAAAUACCUCACAAGCGCCCUAGAUUCAUCGAAGACAGGAUAUGAGCUAUGCGGCUUCCCUAUAGCCUUCCAAGUUUGGGGUUUUGAGGUUAUUCCUUUGUUGGCCUCAUCAUUUGCUAUUUAUGUUGGUUCAAAGUUCCCCAGAAUUUUGAAUUGGAAGACAGGGAAGAAGAGUUGUCAUUUAAAGACAAUUUGGAAAAAAGUUUUUAAAAGAUCAAAGGUUUAUGCUCCUUUAAACUUUUCUAAUGAUGAGAGAAAUUCAUUUCAUCAUGCUAUGCUUUGUGUCUCUUCAGCUUCUAAAAGAGGGAGAGAAGAAGAUGAUCAUAAUUCGAAAACCAAAAAGAGAAAAAGUUCUACUUCAAGUAGUUCUAAUGAAGAAGUUAUUUCUUUGUUGAAGGAAAUCAAAGAAGAUAAUAUUGUAAUGAAAAAAGAUAUUGCUGAUAUUAAAACAAAUGUGAAUGACAUUGAGGAGGGAAUGAAACGUUUCUUCAUAAAAACCUUCAUAAAAUCAAAUAAACGUUUAUCCAGUUGA